AUGGGUACCAUUGAAUCUAAAGUUGAUGUGGAUAAGAUAACAAGAGAAGUUAAUGCCCAUCCAGUUUUCAUAUUUACUAAAGAGGAAUGCUCAUUUUGCUCAAAGUCGAAAUCGAUCUUGAAGCAGGAAAACAUACCUUUCACAGAAUGCACUCUAGAUACAUUUAAAAAAGAUAACCCUGGGGAGUACCAAUCUUUUGUCAAUGGACUAGUAUUCAAAACGCGGCAAACGACUCUUCCUCAGAUAUUCAUAUGUGGUAGAUUUGUUGGAGGGUAUACAGAGCUGGAGAAGCUCAAAAAUACAAAAUCAUUAUUGGAUGUCAUAUCAGAAUGUUCUUGA